UAAAAAUGUAUUUUGAUCAAAAAUAAUUUUUAAAAUAAAGUGGAAGGUUUCUAGAUUUAUAUCACUGUUUUAUGAAUACAGUUUGCAAUUUCACACUUCGAACUGCAACUGGCAUUGUCACAUUCAGACGAUGGAAACGUUAAAAAUCAAACAAGAACCCGGGCUCAAAACGAAAACCGCACCAGCCUCGACAGCAGCAAAUGCCACUCAAUCUGCCAGCCCCACGGCAGCGAUAAAAACGGAACGGCUAUCGUCGUUUCGUGUUCCUCGGGACCUCACACUGGGUGGCAUCACCAAUGGUAGAACUCCGAAGCUAGCUCCCAAUAAGAAGGUCUAUACACCAAACCUGAACGCAGUCCGCAAUAAAGAUACAAAUGUUAAAACAGCUUCCACCGGUUCCAAACAGCGGGUACGUCCGGAACGCAACAAAGACGCGAAAAGCCAGGGUAGGAAAGGAAACCUCAUACAGACUGCCGGUAUUUUUUCCGAAGGUUUGGCCCAACGAACGUUGCAGCGGUCCAAAUAUGAUAAGUUUUCUACCGGUUCGUCGAAGGAUCCGGGCGAAGCAAUGCGGCGACCGGUGCUACGAUCCGAAAUCAAAGUGGACCCGGAGGAAGAACGCAAACGGAUGCGGGACCUGUUUGGCCAUGAUCUGGAUGAUGACGAGACGAUGAGCGAGGAGACGAAAAAAUACGAACAGGGAAUGGAUAUGCCCGUUAAGUUGGAUAACGUUGAUUACAAAUUCAAAACAUCGGCUCUCAAGACGGAAAUUAAGGACGAACUGACUCCUAAACCGGAAGCUGCCGAUUUGCUGGAGGCAAUCAAAGCGGACGCAACACAGAACAACUUUUUCCUGCUGCAACUACCGGAUGCCUUGCCAGCUAAAACGGAUACCGCAGAAUCAACAUCGUCUAAUCGAAAAGCAGUCGACCCUCAAUCAGCGGACCCCACUACUGCUGUUAAUAGCAAUGGGGACCAGCAGUCGGAACCGGCACGCUGUACCGUCCGUGAAUUGGAGGAAGGCUACAUCGGUAAGGUGCUACGGUAUCGUUCCGGGAAGGUGAAGUUUUUGCUCGGAACUACCAUGUUCGAUCUAACCAUGGGCAUGGAUAGCGGAUUUUUGCAGGAGCUGGUUUCCAUUAGCACGAAUCCGGAAGAGCGAAGCGGUAACAUUAUCAAUCUGGCCUCCAUCAAAGCCAAAUUGAACGCCUCGCCAGAUUGGGAAUAUUUGUUCCAGAAAACGGGUUAAAAUAUAAACAAUUUUUGAAUCUUACGAACGGUAUUUUAUACCCCAACUUAAACGAAAGUCAUAUUCGAUAAGAAAAUUAAAAGGUGGAUACACUUUUUCUAAUGCCCCGUUACGGUAUUCCCUUUCGGAAUAAAUAAU